CUCCAACAACCAAUAUACACUCAAAAUUCCAAUUAUCUGCAUUUUAGUUUAGUGGGAUUCGACAAUUGCAUCACGUACUAUACAGUGGAACCAAAAAGAAACAGCAACAUGCCAACCCCAGUCAAGGGAGCCCGAGUAACCAAAGCAAGACGAACGUCUGCCAAAAAGCAGACAAUCAACGAUAGCAAGACAACCACCACCACAAAGGAACCCAAGCCAUUUCCGCUAGUCGAGCGCACCAACCAACUCCCGAUCGACGAGUUUAUCUCGCGUUAUGUGCCCCUGGAGGGCCUCAACUUCGAGUCUCCUCCUCGGACCACUAACGACACCGCGGGAGGGGCUGACGAUGAGUCGGAGAAGUCUCGUCAGGCGUACACUGCAGAGCUGUACACUGCGGAUAAUAUCCCCGCGGAAGAGCUCGAAGCGUGCUUUCAGCUCAUCGAGCAUACUUCGGCUGAGGCGUACCAGAACUCUAGCAUUGGGUGGGCGCCUGUGGCGAAGAAGAAGGAGAUGCGGUUGCCCGAUAUGAGGUAUAUUGUUGUUCGAGGGCGCGAGUCGCCAUCGACUGCCCGCGACGAUGCCGAUGGUGGGAAGGCUAAGGAUCCGUUCGUGGGGUUUCUUUCGUUCAUGGUUACGUAUGAGGAUGGGAAGGAGGUUAUUUACUGCUACGAGGUCCAUAUCAAGCCUGAGGCGCAGCGUCAAGGGCUGGGGCGGUGGUUGUUGCUGGCCUUUGAGGAUGUAGGACGCAGGGUCGGACUGGAGCAGGCGAUGCUGACUUGCUUUUGUUCGAAUGAGGCGGCUGUGCGGUGUUAUAAUGCGCUUGGAUAUGUGGUUGAUGAGUCUUCGCCAAGGCCGCGCCGUUUGCGGAGCGGAGUGGUACAUGAGCCGGACUACAUGAUCUUGUCUAAACGCUUAUGAUCUCGAUGGCUUGGCCGGGUGGCGUGGAUGAUGCAGAUACAUAGUAU